CUUCUUUGGCGCGGCGGGGCAGCUAUCGCGGCUGCGAUGGGCGCGAGGGACGUCGUGGAGGCACGAGCGGUGGCGGCAGCGCUGCUGCUGAACAGGCGCGGAGGUCGCUGCUCCACAGCCUGCCCGGAUCGCUGAGCAGCCGCCGCACCUCCUCGCAGGGAGCGGCGGGAUGGCCGAGGCGGCCGGCGACUCCCCGGCGGCUGCCCUGAGAGAGACAGUGGUUGCGCUGGAAGCGGAGUUGAGCGCCUGCCGGAGACGACUUGAGCGGGAGAAGAAGCGGCGCCUCCAAGUCCAGGCCUGCGCGGCCAAGUUACGGAGGCAGGUUGAAAAACUUGGCAAAGUCAGCAGUGAUGAAAGAAAUGAGAAGACCACAUCAACUGUAGAAGUGCAAACUGAAGACUCUGCUGCAUGGUUAUAUGCAGAUUAUUAUUAUCCUCACAAUUAUUACAACUGUUCUGAAUUAUCCAAUGCACCAGUGCAGCCAAAUAACGAUAAUGAAAUAUUGAACCCAAAUUGUACAGAUCAUUUACAAUUAGACAAUCAUUUAGAUGUUAAAGACAGACAACAAGAUGAGCUUGAGGAACAGGGCAACAUAAUAAAUAAUGUGCAGAAAUCAAAAGAUGUUUCAUUAACAGAAGGCACAUUAGCAGAAAGUCUGAGAGCUGCUGCAGAAGCUGCUGUAUCACAAACAGGAUUUACAUAUGAUGAAAAUACUGGAUUAUAUUAUGACCAUAGCACUGGAUUCUAUUAUAAUUCGGAAAAUCAGCUGUAUUAUGAUCCAACCACUGGAAUAUAUUAUUACUGUGAUGUUGAAAGUGGCCGAUACCAGUUCCACUCUCGAGUGGAUCUACAAUCUUAUGGAACUGAAACUCUUCAGAGCAGCAGAGACAGAAAAGGCAAAAAGAAACGAAGAGAUGGAGAAUGCUGUAGGACAAAUGAGCACAAGAAUCUGAACACAGAAGAGCAAAAAUCAUCUAGCAAUCUGAAUUGCCUUUUUACCACUAAUGAACCAAGUUCUCCAGAAGAAGAAUUUCCAGAUGUGAAAAAGGCUAAAGUGGGUAUUGAUACAAGAAACACUCAAAAGUCCAAGGAAUCCAUUACUGCCAACAGAAGUAGUAUAAAUGCAGAGUUUACUGCUACUGUAGAAGAUAAUAAAACAGAUACAGAAAGUGAGCCAGAAGAAGGUGAAAUCACAGACACUGAACAGGAGGAAUAUAGCAGUGAAAAUGAAGUGACAAGUGAAGAAACUGUAAAUUCAGAAGAUGUGGACAGCGAAGAUGAAGACAAGAUCUGGCCACCUUGUAUCAGAGUGAUUGUAAUUAGAUCACCAGUACUGCAGAUGGGCUCUUUGUAUAUCAUCACAGCUGUGAAACCUGCCACAAUUGGAAGAGAAAAAGGGAUGGAACAUACCCUGCAGAUUCCAGAGGCCUCUGUCAGCAAGUUCCAUGUGGAAGUAUACUUUGAUCAUGAGUUGCAAAGUUAUGUUCUUGUGGAUCAAGGCAGUCAGAAUGGUACUGUGGUUAAUGGAAACCAAAUUCUGCAGCCUAAAACAAAAAGUGAGCCCCAUGUUCUGGAACACGGUGAUGAAGUGAAGAUUGGAGAAACUGUACUAUCUUUUCAUAUACACCCUGGUAGUGAAACCUGUGAUGGAUGUGAACCAGGGCAAGUCAGAGCCCAUCUUCGCCUUGAUAAGAAAAAUGAACCUUCCAUUGUCCCUGCAUUGUCAAAAGAAGAAAAGGAAUUAGUUAGAAGAAAAGAAUUAAAACAAAUACGUGUAAAAUAUGGCUUACAGAAUACAGAAUAUGAAGUUGAUAAGGUUGUGAAAAAUCCAAAUUACAAAGACAGAGCAGGAAAGCGCCGUGAAACAGUUGGAAGUGAAGGGAACUUUCAUAGAGAUGAUGCUCCAGCCUCUAUACAUGUGGAAAUUAGUGAGAGUAACAAAGGACACAAAAUAUUGGAGAAGAUGGGAUGGAAGAAAGGAGAAGGACUUGGAAAGAGUGGUGGUGGAAUAAAAGAUCCGAUCAAACUUCAGUUACACAGAAAGCAUGCAGGCUUAGGUGCAAGUAUGCCUAUUUCUGCUGAAGAUAUUCAGAUUCUUGGUACCAAAAACAAAAGGAACUGGGAAAAAGCAAGAGAAAGAUUUGCAGAAAAGUUCCAGGAUUCUAAAACGCUGAAAAAAUGCACCGAAGAAUCUAACCCAAAUUAGAAGAGCAGCAGAAUUAAAUUCAUAAUUUGUUAGUUUGUUUAUGUAAUUAUUUUUUUCCUUAAAGGUGGAAGCUUAUGUGUAUAUUAGACUGCUAUAUAUGCUCACUUAAUUGUAAAGCAUUGCCAUUUUACGUGUUGAUUUGUUUCUCUGAUACCAAUUUUAAUCAUAAGAUGUGCAUGGCUUGAAGUGGCCCAGUUCUUUUUGAAGAGUUUUGGAAGUGAGUAUGAGGAUAAUUCAGGAUGUUUUUUUUAUUCCACCACUUUGUUGAAAUAAUUUCUGUCACUUUGAUUCCAAAUGGACCUCAAAGGAGUCUGUGGCCUGACACAACAGAAAGCAAGAAAGAGCCAAAAGAAAAGCAAUACUGAUGCAUCUCACUUCCAUAAAAUGAAAUAAAUAGAUUUUCUAAAAUUAGACAAGAAUUCUGUUCUAAAUGCAAUAUCACUAUUUUUUGGUGAGGAAAUAAUAUACAAAAGGCCGUAUAGAAGGCCUUACUUUCUUCUGUGAAGAAUUCUAAGGUUUGUACAUUAAGCUUCUAGUAUUCCAUUCAGGUAGCAUGUUUAGAAAAUGAUACCAUAAUCUGCUCUUCUGUACAUUUUAGAAUUCAGAAUUACACAGUUCAAGGGCUGAACUAUUAUAAAAUUCAGAAUCUUCCUGGAUUCAAUGAUUGUUUUUGAUGACAUACAAGGAUGUUUCUCUCCAGUUUAGCUUUUUCAAUAUGCAGGGAAUUCUGAGAUAGAAAACACAAUCAUAGAUUUGGAAGUGGCAGAGUCUGAGACUUGGUACCAUAAAUUAGUCUUGAAGUAUAGAUUAGCCCUAGUAGCCUUCUUAUCUUCAGUCUGUACUGCCAUACAGAUUUUUAAUAGACAAGCACUAUUUAUUAACUUUUGUCCAUUGCUGGCAAUGGAAUUUAGGCUGGAUUCUAUUUUUUCCUCAAUUUUUCUUCAAGGUAGAGACUGAACAUUUAUUUAUUGAAAUGUGAAUAAACACGCUUUCAAAAAUUGUGCUGUGAAUUUUUAACUCACAAAAAAGAUAAAUAAGAAAAACUUGAUCAAAUUUCA